AUGUUUAAAAAGCGGGGGAACUUCAAGAAAGGGAACUCAAAAAUAUCGUCUAAAGAUGAGGGAGGUUUAGAAGAUGAUAUUCUAUCAUCUACUCCAAUCCUUAGUAUUAAAAGAGGCAAAGAACAUUGCGUUGAAUUUAAAAAGAAACAAAAGUUGGAGAACACCCAAGAUCUUACUGCUAAACCAGAUGACGACGCUGAAGAGUCAUAUUUUGAACAGUUUGAUGAUUAUGAGGUAGAUCCAAGUAAGACAACCUGCACGAAGCAGAUACUCAGUAAGAAUAUCGACACUACUGGAGUUAAUGAUAUUUUUGUACACAGACUCACGCCACCAUUUCUCGAUUCCCAUUCGGUGCUGACCACUAGGCAGAAUAUAGCUGAGAUUGUCCGAGACAAGUCUGGUGACUUGUACAAGUUGUCCAAAAAUGGAUCCACGAUUUUGAAUGAGAAAAGAAGAUUAAAUGAAAUAUCCAAGGGCAGGGAGAUGGAUACCAAAGGGAAAACUCUACAACUUGAAAAAGUUUCAGAAAGUUUGGAGAUGGAAGACGAAGAAGGAGAGACGGCGAUACUUCAAGAUACGGAACAUUUAUCGGCAAAAAGCUUCAACAGAGAAUCUCUACCUGCGUACAAAGUAAGAGAUCAGUUGAUGAAUUUAAUCAACGAGAAUCAGGUCCUAAUUGUGAUUGGUGAAACUGGUUCAGGCAAAACUACGCAAUUGCCUCAAUUUUUAUACGAAAAGGGAUACACUAAAAACGGAAUGAUUGGAAUAACACAACCUCGAAGGAUGGCAGCUGUCUCUGUUGCAGAAAGAGUUGGAGAAGAAAUGGGGGUAGCGAUCGGUACCAAGGUUGGGUUUACCAUUAGAUUCAAUGACAAAACUUCAUCAGACACUCAGAUCAAAUUUAUGACUGAUGGUAUCCUACUGAGAGAGACCUUACAUGACCCUCUACUAAGCAAGUAUUCUUGUGUAAUAAUGGAUGAAGCUCAUGAGCGGUCGUUGAAUACUGAUAUUUUAUUUGGUAUCAUUAAAAAGGUUUUGAUGAAACGAAGAGACUUUAAAUUGAUAAUCACAUCAGCCACCAUGAACUCUUUGAAAUUUUCUCGUUUUUUCAAUAAUGCUCCUCAGUUUCAAAUUCCAGGGAAGACAUUCCCUGUUGAUAUCAUGUUUCAAUCCAUCCCCUCUGCCGAUUACAUUGACUCUGCUGUCAAACAGGCGCUUAAGAUACAUUUAUCGAAUCCCCAUGCGAAAGGGGAGCACGGUGACAUUCUUGUGUUCAUGACAGGACAAGAAGAUAUCGAGGUAACAUGUCAAGUGAUGGAAGACGAAUUACAAAAGCUGAAGAAGAUUAAUCCUUCGAUCAAUGGCUUAGAUGUACUGCCAGUUUAUUCGAGUCUUUCCUCUCAAUGUCAACUUAAAAUAUUUAGUGAAUCCGAAAACCGGAAAUGUAUUGUUGCUACAAAUAUUGCAGAAACUUCACUUACACUUCACCAUGUAAAAUUUGUUAUUGAUUCAGGACUGAUGAAACUGAAAGUUUAUAAUCCCAAGCUGAAUAUGGAUGCCUUGCAAAUGGUGCCUAUUUCCAAAGCGCAAGCAAAACAACGGUCGGGGCGUGCAGGUAGAGUGUGUCCAGGCCAGUGUUUUAGGUUAUAUACCCUAACUUCAUACGAAGAAGAAAUGUGGGAUGAACCAAUCCCAGAAAUCCAACGAAGUAAUUUGAUGAAUACAAUUCUUCUCUUGAAAAAUCUCAACAUUAAAGAUUUGGGCAAAUUUCCAUUUGUUGAUAGUCCAUCUAAGGAGGCUUUGGAAACAUCACAAUAUGAUCUUUGGACAAUUGGUGCUCUGAAUAACUUUGGAGAAUUGACAGAGUUGGGUAAGAAAAUCACUAGAUAUCCUAUUGAUCCUAUGCUAUCUAAGAUGUUGAUUAUUUCGAAGGAAUACUCGUGUAGCGCUGAGAUUUUAAGGAUAGUUUCGAUGUUGUCUGUUCCUCCUGUUUUUAACACUCCUAAACGAGAUUCUAACUUGACUCAAAAGGCCACCCACGCAAGAGAGAAUUUCCAAAUAGAGGGUAGUGAUCAUUUAACUUUGCUUAACAUUUUCAACCAAUUUGAAAAUGCAAGAAAUAAAGAAAAAUGGUGCACAAAAAACUUUUUGAAUUUUAAGUCACUCAGACAAGCUUAUGAGAUCCAUUCACAAUUAAAACAACUUACUGGAGAUAUUAGAUCUAACAAUAACUGGAACGCCAUUAGAGAAUGUAUUUGUGCGUCUUACUUUCCCAAUGCUGCUGAAUUUUUCAAGCAUGGGCAAUAUAAGCACUGUAGGUUAGGUUUGGAAAUGUACAUUCAUCCAACGUCGGUAUUUUUUGGAUUGGGUGAUGUUCCUAGAUUUGUGGUUUUCCAUGAACUCGUCAUGACGUCACAAAAACAGCAAAUUCACUAUCUAACGUCUGUCGAAGCUGAUUGGCUUGUAAAAUAUGGGUAUCUGUUCUAUAGCCCACGUGUCCGGGGGAUCAGCAGUAGAGAAAACCAAAAGAUUAAAGAACAGGAGUAUCUCAACCUAAUUGAGCAUGAGAAAGGAUUACGUAAUAAUAAAUCUAUAAAGGAUUAA